AUUUGUCAGAAUGUCUGAGCCGGUAAGAAUAAUGUGAAAUGGAAUGUGAAUCAAAUGAAAUAUGAAAUGAAUAAGAAUGUGAAAAGUUGUUAGCGUUAGGUUGUUAGUAAAUGGGAAGAGGCGAAUAAGUAAUAUUUGUGUAGGUUGUUGGUGCUGAUAUGAAUGUUGAACAAAAGAAGAAGCGAACUUUCAAGAAGUUCACUUAUCGUGGUGUGGACUUGGAUAAGUUGUUGGAUAUGCCUCUAAAGGACUUGAUGGAGCUUGUUGAUGCGCGUGCUCGUCGUCGUUUCCGUCGUGGUCUUAAGAGAAAGCCUCAGGCUCUGAUAAAGAGACUGCGCAUUGCUAAGGCGAACACUCCUGAGAAUGAGCGUCCUCAGCCUGUGAAGACUCAUCUUCGUAACAUGAUAGUUGUUCCUGAGAUGAUUGGUUCUGUUGUUGGUGUUUACAACGGGAAGAGUUUCAACAACGUUGAGAUCAAGGCUGAGAUGAUUGGUCACUACUUGGGUGAAUUUUCGUUGACUUACCAGCCCGUGAAGCACAACCGCCCUGGUAUUGGUGCUACUCACUCUUCGAAGUUCAUUCCUUUGAAGUAAGUUUUGUCUGCACAUUUUAUCUUGGUGACGAUGGU